AUGCACAUCGGUCAGCGAGCGUUGCUGGCUGUUGUAAGACAACAAUUUUGGCCUCUCCAAGCGAAGAAUCUGAUUCGUAACGUGGCACACAAAUGUACACCAUGUUACCGUUCUAAUCCGAAAAGAGCGACGCAACUGAUGGGAGACCUGCCGGAAUACAGAGUGCAAGCUGCGUAUCCAUUCUCCAACGUAAGAAUUGAUUUCGCCGGACCAUUUUUGUUAAAAUCAGCGGUCUCUGUGCGAAAAUGUGUAAUGACCAAAGGCUAUGUGUGCGUUUUUGUUUGCAUGGCUACACAGGCUAUGCAUUUGGAAGCAGUGUCAAAUUUAUCGACAGACUUUUUGGCUACUCUUCAGCGGUUUGUGAGUCGGCACUCGGCGCGGUCUAUCCAAGAAAUUAUUUUCGGACAACGCCACCAAAGUGGUGCGAACAAUGAGCUAGCGAAAUUGGCCGAUCUUUUUGAAACUGAGAUGCAUAAGAAAAAGCUUAAAGUAUUUUGCGUCGAGCGAAACAUCGAGUGGUCUUUCAUCCCUCCACGUAGUCCUCACUUCGGAGGAAUAUGGGAGGCGGGGGUGAAGUCGGCUAAAUUUCAUCUGCGACCAAUUUUGGCGGAUCAUAAACUCUCGUACGAAGAAUUGACGACAGUGUUGGCACAAAUUGAGGCUACGUUGAACUCUCGUCCUUUGGUGCCAUCAUCAGACGAUCCAAAUGACUUGACUGCAAUCACGCCUGCUCAUUUUUUGAUAGGCAGAGAGUUUCAAGCAAUAUCCGAACCAUCGUAUGAAGCCAUCAAACACGGUAGACUGUCUAGAUGGCAGGUGUUGCAGGACCUGAAGCAGAAGUAUUGGCGAACCUGGUCAAACGACUAUCUUCAAGAACUUCAACGACGACAAAGUGACUUCACGACGACUAGUAUCAAAGUGGGCGCAUUGGUGCUAAUCGUUGACGACCAUCUUCCACCACUUCAGUGGAAUCUUGCGCGUAUCAUAGAAUUGCAUCCAGGGAAGGACGGCCACGUGCGAGUGGUUACUCUGAAGACCAAGGACACGAUCAUCAGACGAGCGGUGAAGUAUUUGUGCUUGUUGCCGCUGGACGAGGAGGAGAGAACCACAUUUAAAAUUUGA